AUGAAUCUUGUUAACCGUAUUCUGUUAAGGUUUUAUUUUUUUAACCUCGUAAAUUUGGUGUCGCUGAUUUUUUAAUUUACUGUGAUUUGUAUUUUAAGAUUGUUUAAAUGUUGUCAACAUUUUCUCACGAUACCUCCAUUCUCGCCCAGCGUGCGUCGCAGCCGCGUCAUUACGCGUUAAUCAGGUGGCGUUCGUCUCGCGACCUGCUGCGAAAGAGUUACAACGUCGCCGAUAUAUAAACUCCUAUCCCCUCCCCAUCAACGUCACCAUCCCCCCGAAACUAACAACAUGGAGUCCGGUGUUUAGUGAGCAAAAACGGUCUUCACCGUUAACCAACCAUAUAUGCUUUCCCCGGUGCACUCGAGGGACGCGUGCGACGCACACAUGCACUAUAAGCGGCGGGGUGUUCAUGCCACUUGAAACCAUAAAGGACACGGAGUGAAAGAGAUGUGAUUGGACUCGGAAGAAUCCAAAUACAGGCCGCUUUCCGCGAGGAGAGGUGGACAACAGCUGUGCCCAGACCAAUGCAUCAAGGGACCAUGGAGCCUGAAGAUGACCUCUCGACCCGGGACCCCCUUGAUCUGUUGUCCGACUCGGGAGCGGUGCCGUCAACAUCAAGCUCCUUACUCAACUGCACCUUACUGGUACAAGGAGGGUUAUCUCACAGUGGCAUUCUGGAGAGGGAUGAUAGCAGCGGAGAUCCCGAAAGUCCAAAAUGCUUGUUCCCCACACUGGAGCCUUGUGGAAAUGAACAGAGAAGCCUGCGGUCGUCAUCAUUCCCUUCAUCUCUCACUUGGGAUUCUGACUCGGAGAAGGAAACCUUGGACGUGUGAAAUGUGUCUAUGUGAAAAUAUUUGUGGUAGUUGUUUGUCUACACGCUGUAAAUAUAACUGUGAGCUUCCUGUUAAGUCAUGCGUUUAUUGUUUGUGUUCCUGUGUGGAUUCCUGUGAUAUAUGUCAGAGGAAGAACUUCAGCACUUUUCUAACCCUCAUGGUCUGGCUGCUCACAGCCCAGGAAGUCCAACUUCUGGACAACAGCAAAGCAGACUUGACAUUGAUCUUUGCCAGGAACCUGUGGAGCACUUAUUUGAUGCCAACAUCAUACCUUCCGCACUGGAAGAUGAUGAUGUAACACAUAGGAAUCCAACAACUGCAGACUCACAGAAACUUACAGAAAAAAGAAAAAAUUUUGAACAAGACAAAGGGAGCCAUUUGCCUGAUGUUAUACCCAAAGACAGAUGCCAAAAAGUUAAAGAAGAUAGCCUGAGAAAGCAUAAUCAGAAGGGGCUGGUAAAGGCAAGUACCAAAGAGCCAGACGUAUAUACCUUCCCAGGUGACUCUGAGCCCGAGAGCCCACCACCCGGACCUUGGGCGCACUGCACCUUCAUCCAACGGCGGAGGAAAAAGCGAGCCAUACUGAGACCUUUCUCUGGACUGGGGAAUUGGCAUCGCACAACAGGAGCCGGCAGAAGGGCCAGGGUUAAACCUUCAGGAGCAAAAGAGCUCACGAAGAGCAAAGAUGUUGAGGGAGGGAUGUUGGAGUUGAACCGGGGAAAGGAAAAGAAGGUACAGAAAAGGCAGAAGUCAGUUGUGAGCCAUCUGGGUGGCCAAGAGAUUUUCACAUGUGUGGAGUGUAGCAUUUACUUCAAAAAACAAGACCAUCUACGGGAACAUAUGCGAGAACAUGGUCAAGGCGAGUCUGGGAAGAAAUUGCAAUGCGGAGAGAAAGAGUCUUGGAGUGGACAUCCUACUAAAAGCGGAUUUGAAUGCGUAGAGUGUGGACUGGAGUUUGAGGACCAGGUACCGCUGCUAGAUCAUCAAAAGUGCCACGAGGAAUCACGGCAGAAAAUCCUGGAGGAGAUUGGGAAAUUAAACGAGAGGGAAACACGAGCGGCGGAGCAAGCUAGUUGCAGUAAAGCAUCCGAUCCGAUCAUGGAAGCGUCACCAGAGGUCGGGUCUGGCCAACUCGUGUGUCUGAAAUGCAGCUUUAGCUGUGACGUGCCACAAGAGCUUGCAGACCAUGCCAAGACACACAACACUAGAACAAGGGUCGGCGUAUAUCGCACGUCGCCUCGUUUCCAGCAGAGGUCCUGCAAAAAAGGACAGGGUCAGUCUUCGGGGGGCGAUGCGACAACUCUCGUCUCACUUUUUGGCAAGAGGUACCCCAUUCGAGCUUCAAAGAAAACAAAAACGCAACCUGGACCUUCACAAGCCCCACUAAAUCCCUCGACUCAAGGAGAGCCGAGUCCUGACAAAGGAACCACCCAUCCAGAAACAGUUGGUGAAAGCCAAGAAGAAAGCCAAACAGAAAAGCCAGCAGUGGUUGAACCUGUGGAAGAGAACGUCUGUCCGCCUUUCAUGUCCUCACCUCAAAAUCCUCGCAAAAAUGUCGCUCCACGGCGUAGGGAUGUGGCGUUCAAGAGCAUAGUAAACAAGUGCUCUGCCCGGGCUGCAAGGGGGAGGCUGGGGCGCACGAGGGCAAGCACAAGACUGGAUCCCAAGUCCAACCAGACUCAACAGGUUCAAAUCUUAAACGAGACCGAAGAGAACCAGAUACCAGAACCUGAUCAUGAUCCAAAACAAGGCUCCAAAACAGGAAGGAAGCCACCUGCCAAUGCUGUGGAUCUCCAAGCCGGCCUGUCAUCAACGCAGAGCAGCAAAAAGCUUGAUCCACCAGAGGACAAACCCAAACACAAAGACCAAUCGUAUAGUGGGGGCAAGUGUGAGGAAGACGUGCUGGUUGCCACUAAAUUAGAGGGAGAUGAUGAUGAUGAUGAAGAUGAUGAUGAUGUUGUUAAUCGUCUUUUUGGUGUAUUAACGGAGGAGGAUGAUGAAGAUGGUGAGGGGUUGUCAAAAAGUGUGGAAAGAAAGUGCCCUUAUUGCCCCGAUCGGUUCCACAACGGCAUUGGACUAGCCAAUCAUAUAAGAGGUCACCUGAACCGUGUCGGUGUGAGCUAUAAUGUUAGGCACUUCAUCUCGCCAGAAGAGGUCAAUGCCAUUGAGAAGAAAUUCUCCUACCAAAAGAAGAAGAAAAAAGUUGCCAACUUUGAUCCCUCAACCUUCAGUGUAAUGAGAUGUGAGUUCUGCAGCGCCGGCUUCGACACCCGGGCCGGUCUUUCCAGUCACGCCCGUGCCCAUCUCCGAGACUUCGGAAUCACCAACUGGGAAGUCACAGCUUCCCCCAUUAAUAUUCUCCGGGAGCUCUUUGCCAAGCAUCCAAAUCUUGUCCUGCCUACACCGUCUCACACACUUCAGUCAAGCCAAGAUGAAAACUCCGAUGACGAACACGAUGAGAAACAUGAGGAGAAUGUCACCACAGAGUCCAUCGCCGAUUCUCCAAAACAGCACUGGAAGGAAAAGCACAACAUGAAAGAAGCAGAGGAGGGUGGUGAGGAGGGGGAGGAUGACAACGACGAAGAAGAGGAUGCCAAAAGAAACCUUACAGAUAAGUCGGCCACAAGUCCAAGAGAAAAAUCUCUGUUCUCCUUUCAGGAACAGAGUCCUGGAUCCAAAGAGACAGACACUAUAGCCUCCAGCUUAUUGAAAUGUGAAUUUUGUGGUGCUACCUUCGAGACACGUCGAGGUUUGUCUAGCCAUGCACGUUCUCACCUCCGACAGCUAGGCAUCGGUAUGGCAGAGAACAGUGGGGCACCUAUCGACCUCCUACGCCAGAUCGCCAAAGAACGUGCCACGGAUGCACGUUUCACUGGUACUCCUCCAUCCAUGGCAUCACCUAAGACGCCCCAGCAUCAUACCCUUACUAUACCCAGCCCUACAAAAGAUAUUGAAACCGAAGAGGACAACAAGCCUACCGUCUCGUUCUGCGCGCGCCCAUCUGUUAAAGUUUCCUCUCCCCCAGCCGCUUCCUCUGCGGCCGGCUCUUUGCCCUCAUCUCCAUUUGUAAAGUCGCGAUCGCCUUCCCCGGUGCUUAGAAAAGCUCCCAUCUCUUCCCUGCUUCCUGCGUCUUCCCCGCUGCGAUCGCAAGAACACAAAACAUUGGGAAAGAACAAAGCCACGAACCUCUCCAGUCCCAACAAACCGUUUUGGGCACCGCAAGACACGGAUGCACCUUUGAAUCUAACAAUGGAGAUGGACUCCAAAGACAUUAUUUGCCAGUUGUGUGGUGCUUGGUUCGAAACACGGAAAGGCCUCUCAAGUCACGCUCGGGCCCACUUGCGCCAUUUCGGAAUCGAGUACUCUGAAUCCAAAGGCUCCCCCAUCGACUUACUCAACCGCUUCAUCCUGACAGAUGACUUUAAGCACAAAGCUAAUUCUUUUCUCUCGGAUGCACCUGGAGACCUGAGGUCUCAGAAGACCAGCGCGGCUUCCACUUUACCCUCCACCUCUUCCGCUAAAAUGCCUCUCGCCUCUAGUCUUAUCCUAUUCAAAACGACUCCAAUGAAGACCAACAUCGGCCCCAAAGCUACCUCGCCGUCUGCCCACCUGUUAGGGCCACCUGCAAAGAAGCUGAAAUCUUCCUCUAUUCAGGUUCUUCGUUUUGGUGGCGGAGAUGCGAUGCCCUUCCCGAUAGAGCCGACGAAAGAUGUGAGCUGCGAAUUCUGCGGAGAACUUUUUGAGAACCGCAAAGGUCUCUCCAGCCAUGCCCGUUCCCACCUGCGCCAGCUUGGCAUCACCGAAUGGUCCGUCAACGGUUCUCCUAUCGACACGCUACGGGAGAUUAUAGUCCGUCGAGGGCUACCGUCCAUCACACCUCUUAAAUCCCACAAGUCCCCCUCUUCUCCGCUCACUCGGCACACUCUCCAUUCCUCUUCCCCAAGUGGAAACAGUCUCGGGCGUCUGCCUUACCACUUCCCUCAAUCGCCAAGCCAGGACCAGCCUACCAUCCGAAAAAUGUCUCCUUCGAUAUCCACAACCAGUUCUUCCCCAGCAGUGGAAAUGGUCAAGCCAAAACCAGAGCCCGAACUUGUAGAAGUGACCAUGAAAGGGUCAGAUGAAGGUUACAGCCCGGAGCCACAACAUUCCGGUUCAAACAGUUCCGAUGUUUAUCCAAUAAACUUUGUCAUGACCCAGGAGAAGGAACCUUCCCGUGACAUCCGAUGUGAAUUCUGCGGCGAGUUCUUCGAGAACCGCAAAGGCCUCUCGAGCCACGCCCGAUCGCACCUGAGGCACAUGGGUAUCACAGAAUGGUCCGUGAACGGCUCGCCCAUUGACACGUUGUGGGAGGUCAUGAGGAGGCAGGGAACCACCCCUGCGUCUGUCAUCUUAGGCAUUAAAGAGGAACCGGGACAGGAUGGCGGGGUUUCAUUGAACUAUCAUUCCCCUGCGCUUUCCCGCAAAUCCCCCCUCAACCUUCUCCACUCCGGUUCGCGACUCCAUAAGCACGGACUCGGAUCCGUGAGCUUGUGCCCCACCCUACCUGUGACCAAGCUAUUUGCAAUGACUCCUCUGAAGAAGAAGAUGCUGGGGGAGGAGGGAGUGUCAGGAGAGAAGUCACUUCCUAUCCAAUCUAAAAACUUCUCGCCUCCCCCGCAGGACUAUUCCUUUAAGAGUAAAGUCUCUUCAGAGAAGCAUGGGAUGGUCCACAUGGAUGCCAGUUGUGAACUCUGUGGGUUCUACUUUGAGAACCGAAAGGCUCUGGCCAGUCACGCGCGAGCACAUCUGCGGCAGUUUGGCGUGACGGAGUGGUGUGUCAAUGGUUCGCCUAUCGAGACGCUGAGCGCCUGGAUCCGCAGCCGGCCACAAAAGGCAGCAGAGAUGCAGCAGAGUUACGCGCAAGGAGCCCGUUACACCCAAAAGAAGAGGUGCAAUUCUACACUUCUGCCAUCCCGUGAUUCUGACCAUACGACUCACGUUUCCCACAAGCCUUCAGUGUCCAAGUGGGCAUCUCUCACGUUGCCCCAAAAGCGAGCGAUGGGUCGCGAUGCCAACAGCUCUUCCUGGGGUUUGUCAAUAAGGGCGCCCGAGCCGAAAAGCAGGAGUGUGAGUUCCUCUCAGCACAGCCUGAUUCCACAGCCUGACGGUCGUCAUUCCAAUAACACACUUCCACACGCACAGGUGGCACAUAGUGAACUCAACGUGCGCGUACCACGAGGAUUUGAGAGACGGCCACCUAAACAUCCCUCGCAUACUGACAGCGGAGAAAGAGAGAGCGGCCCCCCAAAACCUCGCUCCAGUACUGUACCUUCCCUUGUGCCAAAGCCUCCAUCCACGCCACUGGUUAGACUCGUGGGUAAAAUUUACUCGCUCAAGUGCCGGUUCUGUGACGUGGAGUUUCACGGGCCGCUCUCUGUACAGGAAGAUUGGAUCAGGCACCUACAGCAGCACAUCCUAAAUCUCAACUACAACAAGACCAACCCGCCCGUGAACGACACUUCCGCUCCUGAAUCCCCAGCCGCUACCUCCACCUCCACUACAACUUUCACUGCCACCCCUUCCAUGCCGCCCCCAGACCCCACAGCCACACCAACAGCGGCCUCCAUACUUACGCCCUCCCCAACCCAUGCCUCAUCAGCGCCCCCUGUGGCAAGCGCAGCACCGCAAACCACAGCAGAGCAGCUUUCCUCCCCCGCUUAUUAGUGUCCCUUCCACAUACAAGCGUGAACGUAUCAUCAACAGUGAUCAUAUCCUUUGCUGUCUGUUUGGUUGCUGACUGUUACACAUCCGAGAAAGAUUUCUGUCUUUGAUCAAAAGUAGAGAUGUGAAAUCUCUGAUACCGACCCACUUAACCUGACCUACAUUACAGAUACAGACAUGAGGUAGGUCUGUUGCCAUGGCAGCUCUCAUCUGUCUUCUGGCUCUUAAGCAUCAGAAUUAAAGUCAAGGGAAAGGUCACCGUGUAAUGUGACGUUCCAAGCUUUUUGAAUGUCUAGAAAAGCAGACGCCCCAUGCCCAAAGCAGGACAUUUGAUAAAAUGUCGACAAAUCAAAGAGUUGCAAUCAAACGGCACAAUGUUAAACUCAUAUUAUAGAUUGUAUUAACUAUAUAGCACUUAAAGGCGUUUGCCCCAUAAAUUGUUUUUUUUUCUGGCAUUUAGUCAAAGUGAUUGUAUGACAGAUAGCUUUCAGGUCAAAACUAAAUUUUAAAUGCCCCGUUUUCUCUUUUAAUGAUUCCACAAACCUGUCUCGCACGUCCUCGAAGGCCACGGUCUAUGACGGAUUCUUCACUCUUUAUUUCAACAAUCAGAUUCGACUAAAACCAGUUGCUGCUAAAUAUUGAAAUAAGCUAAGCACAUUGAGUUAUACGUAUCGUUUUCGCACAUGACCAACAUUUGUAGUCAAUUUAUGCCUUCGUUACCAUUUCGUACAGCACAUUGUUUUGUAGCGUGUUUGCACAUAAGCUAGUUCUCACUCAAAGCAAGUUUUGCAUGAUGGUUUGACGAAUCUGACCUUGGAUUGCUCCAGUUCCAGCUUUUUGCUCCUUUCAAAUGUCCAAAUGAAACAGCUGAGACAGCUGUCUAAAAAUGCCUGCUUGUUAAUGACGUUAAAGCUUUCUAAGAAUUUGCCUCGGAAGGGCCUAAGAGGUUUACGACUAAACGCAUUGCUAAAUACUAAAAGUAUUUUUUGGGGGGCGCUCUAGUGAUCCAACAUAAAUGUGUGGUUUAGCUGAAUGCUGUUUUUUUCUACACUACAUCAGUUUGAAUGUUUCUCGAGAGUUGAUAUGUCAAUGCACUUUUAUCUGUUAUCAAUUAAUUAGGGAAUGUUUGCUUGUUUCAACUCGUGUAUGUGUCCGUUACCGUAUCCGAGUUGGUACAAAGUGCAAAGUUCUGAUUGCCCGUGUAUGUUUCUUUGCCUUGUGUCUUAACCGGCAAUACAUAUUCUUGAAGACGUUUUUGUGGGCAGAAAAGGAUUACAAAAACCCUAGUGGUGUCUAAAUUUGCCAGUCACAUAAUGUGCCAAAGAGUCUGUUUGCCUCGGAUUGAGCUUGUCUCAAUAGCUUUACACCAUGUCUACACCAGACACACGGCUCGUUCUAAUGGGAUUGUCGUGCUGCGUCGCAUUAAACAAAAUUACAACAGGUUCUAAUGGGUUUUGUUGUCUUUUGUUGUGUUGCAUUAUGCUGCGCCGCAUCCGGUGUAGACACAGUGUUAGUUUACUACCUAGAUGAGACGGAAGAUUCAAUGCAGUUUUUUUUUCAACACUAGCAACAGCUUUUUGCGUUAAAGUUUAUUGAAAUUAAAUUAAAAAACGGAGGCACUUUUUGUUGAGUUCUUUAGUGUUCUGGUUGUCCAAAAAAGUGACAUUUUACCCCAAAUCUGACGACUGCCUUUCAAACAAACGACUGCUUUGUCAAAUUUCUACAUGUGCACAUGGAAGCGACAACAGACCAAUCCAUGAUCUUAAAACUGUGGAUGUUUGUUGUUACUCUCACAUCUUUGACUGUUAGGCUUUGUGUAUUCCAGAAGGAUUAUUGAUUAUUAUCAUAACCUAACCUAUGUAUAGAAAAGAAAAGAAAAAAAUAUGAUAUUAUCAGUUUAACACUUCAGAUGUGAUCUUGAUCGUUGUGAAUUUAUUUGGAUUUUUAUUAAUGCUGUGUAUUUUUUAUUGAGCUGUGCGUUCCUUUAAUUCCAGUUACAUAGCGGUGUUAUAGAUCAAUGUUUUAUUUUUUAUUCCAUCGGUUUCUCUUUUAAGACAAACUACAUCGGUGCUCACGAACGCAUAAGAAAUGGACUUUAGAAGAUGGUUCAAUAGGGAGACUGGUCAAGUCCUGCCAGGACUCUAAAAAAGUGUCUUACAUUGCGACUGCUGUGUACAUUCUGAAUUUGUGUUAUUUGUUAGUUUGGAUGUUUUGACUGUUGCCCAGUUGCCCUCGUGUUUAACAGCUGAUGGUAGAAGUUCUCUUAAAGAUCUUCAGCUGGUUUAGACUAAAGUCUGUUAAAAUAUUUGUGUGUGUAAGGCGACUUUUUGUGGCUAAAAGCGAGAGUUGCCGUGGAAGCUGACCAGAGCGAAACCAUAGAAAAAAGGUUUAUAUGAAUCUGCUCAUGACUGAAAAUCAUUAAAUGUGAUCUGAACUGUU